CAAAGCGCUUACAAAAAACACACCACACGCGCGAUGCCGAUACAGCAACGGGAACAAAAAAAACACGCGGGGGUUUCUCGACUUCCGGUGGCGGCGCGACGGCCCGUGUGCAAACCGGAAAUGGCAAGGCGCGUUUCUUGGGUUUCGAGGGCGAGCCGCCGUCACCGCCGCGGCCCCCACCCCUCGACCCCGCCCCCCACCCGUUGUUUCCUUUAACCCGCGCCGCCACGUUCAGCGCGGCAAGGUUCGAGCGGUCCCCCGCCAGUGUUCGCCUUCCCCCCCGGCCCGUGUGCAGCGUGGCGGGCGAGCGAGCGAGGCGAGAGUGGCGAGCGUGGUGCGCGUGCCUGCCGCGUGCGCGCCCCGCCAUGUCGGGCGCGGCGGCUCCCAGCGCCGAUGACGCCGAUUCUAGAAGGCUCAAGAUCCCGGAUGCAGCAGAUGGCGAGGCUGUGCCCGUGACGGUCCUCGUGAUCGGAGGAGGAAGCCGGGGGCGCGGAUACGGUUUCUUCGCCUUGGACUUUCCAAAGCGCAUGAAGGUGGUCGGCAUCGCGGACCCACGACUCUUCGCAAGAACGCAGUUUCAGAGGGAGCACGGCUUGGAGAAGAGCAGCGUGUUCACUGACUGGAGGGAGGCGGCGGAGCUGAAGAGAUUUGCCGACGCCGUUUUCAUCUGCACGCCGGAUCGCCUGCACAAGGACCCGGCCGUCGCCUUCGCAGCCAAGGGCUACCACGUGCUGCUGGAGAAGCCCAUGGCGGUGAGCGAGGGUGACUGCGAGGCGAUCGUGGCGGCGUGCCGGCGCGCGGACGUCAUGCUCUCCGUGUGCCACGUGCUGCGCUACUACCCUCCCGUGCAGAAAGUCAAGGAGUUGUUGGAUAAAGGAGUCAUAGGCGACGUGGUGCACAUUCAGCACCUGGAGCCCGUCGGCCACUUCCACUUUGCUCACUCGUUUGUGCGCGGCAACUGGAGGAGGGAGGACGAGAGCUCCUUCUCGCUCCUCGCCAAGUCCUGCCACGACCUGGACCUCGUCCUCUACUGGCUCGGGGGGAAGAGGUGCCUCAAGGUGUCGUCGUUCGGCGCCCUCUGCCACUUCACCAAGGAGCACCAGGUACCGGCCUCGCCGGGUGUCAGUCUGUGGGUCUCUGUGUGAGUCUACGGGUCUCUGUGUGAGUCU